ACGUAUUCAUAAAAGAAAAUGUCGUGACAAUUUAGUCCUGCUAUGCUCGCUGCAUGACUGUGAAAACAAUAAAUUACGAGUGAAAUGACAAUUAUCAUAACUCGUCUGGCAAGGCCACUAAUCAAAUCUACAUCGCAUCACUCAAGGAAAGAUCUCGUAAAAGCCUUGAAUUCGUUCUUUGAAAAAAAAUUCACAUGAGAUAGGUGAAAUGGCAGAGAAACCAACGCCAUCAUCGGAUCAGUCAGCAAUAGCCUCAAACCAAGGUACGGGUGAUUUUCCGAACAGAGGUCUACGGAUUAUUAUUGUACAUGGUGGAUUGUAUAAUCGUUUGCUUAAGGAGAAAGGGCUCAUGGGAAUUUUCAUGAAGGGAAUUGAAGAGGCUGCCAAAAAAGGGUAUCAGUUCUUAGAGGAUGGUGGCACAGCUGUUGACGCAGUCGAGGCGGCAGUUCGUCAUUUGGAGGAAGAUGUGAAUUUCAACGCUGGUCGUGGGUCAUUUUUGAAUAGCAAGAAUAAGGUGGAAUGCGACGCAAUGAUUAUGGAUGGAAAAACACUGGAAGCAGGUGCGGUAAUGGCAGUACGACAUUUUCAGCAUCCUGUAAUGCUCUCCAGAGCAGUUAUGGAAAAAUCGGAGCAUUGCGUCUUGUGUGCAGAUGGAGCCUACGAAUUUGCUCAAUCAAAAGGCUUCGCGUCAAUUUUGGAUGAUCCUGAUGACCUGAUAGUUCUGGAAGGAGAUGAAGAAAAAAAUGAAAUUUCUAUGUUACGUCCAGGCGUGGUAGGUGGCCUUGAUCAAUAUAGCGAUUCUGUAGCAGCAGUUGCAAUCGACAGUAAAGGCAAUUUUGCGUGUGCAAUGUCGACAGGUGGCACACCCAAAAAACUAAAAGGUCGUGUUGGCGAUGUACCUCUAAUUGGUUGUGGAGGUUAUGCCAAUGAUUAUGCUACCGCGGCAGCUUGCGGCCAUGGAGAAUCUAUAAUAAAAAUGACUUUAGCAAAAGAGAUCGUCUACAAUAUUGAAAGAGGACAGAAUGCUCAGGAAGCGGCAAGGAAUGCUGUUGAAAGAAUGAAUUCUGAAGAUCGUGUGACAAAAUUUGCUGGUGUGAUUGCGAUUGAUAAGCAAGGAAACAUGGGUAUCGAAACCAAUGCUACAUUUAUGCCUUGGGUCUCCAUUAGGAAUGGUGAGAUGGACUGGAGCCGGGACGAAUAAAAAGUCUUACAUCCGUGUUGCCGAUUAACGUGGAAAGCAAAAAUGAAUUGCAUUUUAAAAAGUAAUAACGUACACUGAAAGCUUGUAAUCAUUAGACUUUGAAUUGUAAUUUCACUUUUUUUUAGUUUCACUUUCAAUGGUUGAGUAUUUCCAGGUACUGGAGGUGUUCUUCCAGGAAAAUAACAUAAGUUCAUAGUACUUGUAAGUCUCCUGCUGGUUUUGUAAUGACAACAACAUAAUGAUUGCAUUUAGAAUAAUUGUCUCAGUUAAAUCUAUCUUGGUCAUGAAGACAAUCGAUACACUGGUCUUUCUUGCAUGCAGCUGUUGAAAUCGUCUCACGAAAUUUUUCUGAACAACAAAAAUUAAAGAAUUUCUGUUAUGUCUUAUCCAGGCAGUUGACAAUCAAAUCUUAAUAUAACCAUAAAUGAUAGCAACUAGCUAAAUGAAGGGCUGCCUACCACAAUUUUUGAAAUAUUUACACAUGUUUAUGUGGGCAAUUUCACAAUUAUAUAUUAUUGUAAAUUGUUUUGGAACUUAAAAACAAAAUUGUCUUUAUGGCAAUUAGAAUAUUAAAAAAACAUUGGCGUUACAGAUACUGAUACACCUCGUAUGGAGGCCGAUACAAAUAUCGUGCAUGAAAAGUACUGUACCUAGCUGUGAUUAUCGAGAAAAUUAUAUACAGCGUUUUAUACAGACAGAAUUAAAGUGGCAAUUUAGAAAGCAACUUGAAAUUACUAGUCUUGUGAAGUGCUGCUAAGCGCAAUCCAUCAGUAUAUAGUCAACGUACCUAGGCCUUUUAGGGAAUUUUUUUUAAUGAGCAUGUUCACAAUGUGCAUCCGCAAUAGAACUAACAAGCGCAAGGUUGUAUGUAUAUUAGCUCCUGCUUGCUUGGAGGUCGUCAUAUAAGACAUUAUAAAAAGUGCAGAGUUUAGACCAAAAUAUAGUGCACUAUGGCGCUUGUGAGAUAUCUUCGGCAUUAUCAUAACUUUUCUCAAGUCGAAAUGGCCAAUUAUAAGUGAAAUAAAGUCUGACCAAGCGAGAUUUUUCGCAGCUAAAUGUGUUGUGAGACGUGGUUUCCUGCAUGCAUGAUUUAAAUUUCAUUAAUUUUUUGUCUAUAAUUAUACAACUGGUCUAAACUUUUUUUGCGUGAUUUCUAUAACAUUAAAAUAAA